AUGAUCAGCGGAGAUCAAAGCAAAUGUGCUAGUGCAGGCGAUGUGUUGGCACAGCAGGAUGAGCGCCUCACAUGCCGGCCUGUGGACUUGGAGCAGGCGGUGCAACAGCUCAUCCCCAUGCCUGCGGAGGAUGCCGUGGCCUUGAUCCAGUACGUUUCACACCUGUGCGAAGAGAAGGCACGCCAUUAUGAAGAGCUCUGCACUGACAUUCACAAUUCACAUGCAUGCAACGUCCCGCUAGUGCUUCCAAACGUUGGAGAAGGGACCUGCAUGGCCGCAUUGGCGCCCAAUCAAGUUCUCCCUGACAUGUGCGUCCUGCGUGGGCCUCUGGCGCUGUACGAGUCCCUGGUCGCUUCAGGGAAGCUGAGGGAAGACGAGGAACAGAGGUACGGCAGUGUGGGCUGUGGCAAGACCAUGUCGAUGGAUAUUUUCCACUCCUCUCUGCAAGACAAUGCCGCCCUCCGCGUGCAGAGGAAGCAUUUCCAUGAGUUCCUCUACGACGUGCAGCGCCUCCUGCAUCAGAUCAAGAAAGAGGACGAGCAAGGAGUCCAAACCGGACUCGGUGUCCAACGUGCCGGCGAGCGCAUCGCCGCGAGUGUGGACUUGCUCUGCUUUGAUGAGUUUGCCGUCACCACGAUCCAGGACGAGGGCCAGUUGAGUUUUGCGCAAUACUUGGCUCUGACGAAAGACCAUGUGUGA